UGCGUGACAGAGCGACGUUCUUCUUGAAGAUCAUGGAAGACGGAGAAACUGCAGAGAAAUACGUCAAAGAUGAUGCAACUUACUCCCUCGGAGUUUUAGAACGCCAACUAGUUCAAUACGUUUCAUCUCCAGACUCGACAAGUAAACCGUUCGAUAUUUCAUCAGUUCCUGUAAUCACCAAAGCCCAAGCUGAGGCCGAAUCUCUCAGAGAGCGUUCCACAGACAUUGCUACUAUUCAAACUAUUGGUACUACAACAUCUGUUCUACCUGGCCCGACCGCUGCGCCCACCGUUGUAGCUGAUAGAAACGUAACGCCCACACCGAACGUCGAUCAGCAGCAACUAUAUGCGCAGCAGUUAGAGAAGGUCCCGGAGAUUGCUGCAUUUGGGCACUUGUUUAAGAGUAGUACAAAGCCUGUCGAAUUGACUGAAAGUGAGACCGAAUAU